AUGACCACGCUCCUCACUCUCCCGCCGCACCUGGUCGAAAAGAUCCAGGCGAUCUUGGCGGCCAAGCUCGGCGAUAAAGUAGACGCGAACAUCCGAGCAGGAUUGAAAAAGGUGCAACAGGAUGUCUCGGCCUCGGCGGCUGAACAGGAAAGACUCGCCUCGGCACUUGCGGCCCGCUGGUCGGAGCUGUCGGGUACUAAAGUCAGCGUCGAUGUCGGGGAGGCAUCUCUUGGGAACGCUCCACUACGCGAACCGGGGCUGGAAGAGGAUGGUGAUGCUCCCGAUCAGCCCCCGCCGACGAUAGAUGAAGAGGUGCUCGUCGCGCUGUCCAAGUGGGCGUCGACGGGUAUAGGGCGAGUCACACUCAAGCGGAAGGGUCUUGAUCCUGACGCUUACUCCUUGAUCUCUCUGCUAGCCGGUACGGAGGUGUAUCUCCCGCCAGCUGUCCUGGCACGCUUAAGAGCGGCCGACAACCCAGAUAAGCCAGAUCCCUUCCUCCCAUCCUACCUCUCCGCCAAACCCCCAUCACUAGGCAGCGAAUAUCGCGCCCUCACUCGGAACCUCGCAAGCACUCUCAAUAUCCUCUUCAGCAUCUUCGGAUCCGCCGGCGCCGUCUACGCCGCAGGCGUCAGCGGGGCGGGGUACAGCCGGGAAACAGCACUAUUGCUGGCUAUCCUCGCGGCGGUGGUCGUGGCAGUCGCAGAAGGGGUGCUGUAUUGGAUCUUCAAGGUCCGGUUGAGGAAGGGCAGAGAAGAGAGUGCAAAGAUGGGGCGGGAAAUGAAUAGGGGGAGUGCGAAGCUCGGGGUUCUGGACUCCAUGGCGGAUGUUGUGGGGGAUGGGAAGGUCUCGUCGGGCGACGUGGCUGAGACGAUAUCGGGGCCAAAGCAGCAUUAUGCUAGCAGGCAUAGCGUCCAAGUCCGAGCAAGACCCCUAGUUCUCGAAAGUGUACGCACGGACCUCACCCCGCUCUGUUGUUCUAGCUCGCAGCCAACACCGCAGCCAACGCAAUCCAUCCUCCGUCGUUACUUCUUCUUGCACCAACAGCCAACCAACAAACCGUACCUUGACUCCCGCCCGCUACCUGCCGAGACCGCCAUGUCCAAUCCAGCCCUCCUCGCCCUCUCCCAACGCCUCACAUCGACCUCCUCCCUCCUUCUCGAGCGCUCCCGCGUCAUCUCGCUAAACCUCCCUCCCUCCGCAUCCUCGCAAAACCAGAUCGUCCGCAAUCUCACCAGUAUCAAGAACGACCUCGCCAAAUUCGAAGAUGAGCUCCAGCUCGAGUCGUCUGGGCUCAGCGUCGGCGGGCGGGACACGCCCAGUAAAAAGGGCGGGAAGAGCCGAGAGGGGGAUGUAGCGCGGCAGUUGAGAGAAGCGGGCGAGUCGUUUGACCGGCUGGUGGAGAUUUUUGGAGAAGAUGAGGUCGGGAGGGAGAAGGCCAAGAUACUGCGGCGAGCGCCAAAACAGUCCACCGCCGUACAGAACCCUGUGACUCCCGACCCUAUCUUCACAUCCACGCUGUCUGGCAACAACAACCCAUCACGACCGACGUCAGCCAUCCCCAGGGUGGAGAUUGAGCCACCGACGCCAGCUGGGAACCCGAACAUGCCGUUCCGAGACUAUCCGGACGGGAGGCGGUCAGGGGACAGGACGUUCCCGCAUGCGUACACCGAGGACGAGGAGGAUGACCGGGAUGAUCGGGAGAUUAUGGACAGUCAGGAGAUGGUCAUGCAAGACCAAGACGACCGCCUAGCCCUCCUCUCCACUUCGAUCGGGCGGCAAAACCACCUCUCCAUCCAAAUAGGAUCUGAACUGGACCAGCACCAUGAGCUCCUGGAAGACGUGGACGGUGCGAUGGACCGGACAGCCGCCAGACUAGGUGGAGCCAGGAAACGGCUAGACAAGGUUGCAAACGAUGCGAAGCAAUACGGUAGGUUGACUGGAUAUCGGCCGUGCUGA